GUUAACCACAGAGUCAAGCUGACAAUGGAGUCUGAAGACCUUCACGCACUGGACAAGGCAUACACGAGACUAGCCCUUCUCCUGCCCAAGGUGAGGAUACUAAUUUCAAGAGAUGUGAUGAUGUCGUCGUCAGAGGUCCACAAUGCUCCACAGUCAACAGACCCAAGGAAGGAGAUAGGGUGGCUCCUGACGAAGGUAUCGCCAGGGGGAGUGUCCUCUCUCCUCCCUCCCUCCCUCUGUUCCAAGAUCGGCCACACUCUCUCCAUGUUCGAACGAGCCUACCAGGAGUAUGAGUUCCAGGAGGUCUGUGUGGCCUUCAACGGAGGGAAGGACUGCACAGUCAUGUUGGAUCUUCUUCACUCCUACCUCGUACAUAAAGGCCACGACUUCUCCCAACAGAAGCUCCAGGUUCUCUACGUCGUCUGCUCGAAGCCGUUCCCCGAGGUGGAGACGUUUGUGGACGAGUCAGUGUCUCGCUACUCCCUGAACCUAGUGAAGAUGGAGGAUAAAAUGCAGAAUGCUCUGUGUCAGCUCAAAACCAGCCACCCUCAGUUCAAGGCCAUCAUGAUGGGGCAGCGUCACACAGACCCCUACUGCGCUAAAUUGAGUGACUUCUCUCCCACCGACAACUCUUGGCCAGAAUACAUGAGAAUAAACUGUUUACUGGUAUGCAGUCUUCCUCUCUCCUUGUUCCCCUUUCUUUCAUUCACCACCACCUCAUUCACCUAUGCACAUACGUACAUUCUUCCCCUGCAGGACUGGAGCUACAUGGAUGUGUGGAUGUUCCUGAGGAUCAUGUCCAUUGAAUACUGCCCGCUCUAUGACAUAGGCUACACCUCACUGGAUGGGGUGGAGGACACCGAGGAGAACCCUCAUCUGGCCGUUUCCACGGAAAUGCAGCUGCUGACCGGGCAGCCGUGUGUUACCGGGGGUUACCAGCCGGCGUACAUGCUGGCUAACGAGGAACACGAACGAGCUGGGAGGUCUACAAGUUGAAAGACACCUUUUUAUGAGUAAAUAUUUAGGUUUUUAAUAGUGAUCAUCUCAACUGUUUUAACUUGUAUACAGCAGAGUGUACACACAAAGUGUUAUAUUAUAACAAUGGGACACCCUCAUCACAUAAGACUUACAGUAAUUGGCGAGCAAAGCAAGCAUACCUAGUCGUCUGAAUGGGGAAUUUUUUGCAUAUUAUUGCAUAUUGCAACGUACAACAGGCACUGCACAUACUGUAAUGUUAUACUUGAUUGUGAAACUCGCUAUAAAUCUAACUGCUCGCUGCAUUCGUUCUAGUACUCUGUCAUAUAUAAUAAUAGACAGCCUCAUUCCCUUGUGGUUCCCUGGCAGGAGGAGAGGUGCGAGGUUGGGGGCCAUUCUGAGAUCCCUCUCCCUCCUCAUGUGGUUGUAAUGGGUGCUGCAGAGUCCUCUCUGCGGCAGUGUUGUUAGCUGUGUCGGGAAGGAGCUGGAUAUAUUCCGUAUUGUGUGGUACAGCAGUGUUUCCCUGGCUGGGUGAGACAGCUGGUCCUGGUGGGCUCUCUCUUCUACGAGGAGGGUUCUCAUUGCGAGUGCCGUACGCUGGGUUGGACAGCAGGUGGAUGGCACCGUCUUGUCCUAGUUCUCCAUUAGCUCCAGUCGCCAUACUUGACCGGGGGUCUUGGAGUGUAGAAUGGUUUGUCUGGCUGGAGGGAGUAUUGUGGGAAUUGUCUCCCUCCAGUUGUCUCAGUUGUUCCAGUUCUCUCUGUGAAGAAUGUACUAUGUGGGUGUGG